GCCCGGGAGCCACAGCUCGCAGGCUCUCCUGUCCUCCGCAGCCCGCCAGCGGCUAGAGCGACAAUGACGAGCAGCCACCGCCUCCUGCUGGAGAACGCACAGCAAGUGGUGCUGGUGUGUGCCCGCGGCGAGCGCUUCCUGACCGGGUCUGCGCUGCGCAGCCUGGCGGUGCUGGAGGGCGCCAGCGUGGUGGUGGGCACUGACGGGCUUAUAAAAGCUGUUGGCCCUGCUGCUGUUAUCCAAAAACAGUUUUCCGGAGAAACUUUUGAAGAAAGAAUUGAUUGCUCUGGGAAAUGCGUCUUGCCAGGUUUGGUGGACGCACACACACAUCCGGUGUGGGCGGGUGAAAGAGUCCACGAGUUUGCAAUGAAGUUGGCAGGGGCCACGUACAUGGACAUUCACCAGGCUGGAGGAGGGAUCAACUUCACGGUGGAGCACACCCGCCAGGCCUCGGAGGAGGAACUGUUCUGCUCCUUCCAGCAGCGGCUGCAGUGCAUGAUGAGGGCUGGCACCACGCUGGUGGAGUGCAAGAGCGGAUAUGGCCUCAACCUGGAGACAGAGCUCAAGAUGCUGCGCGUAAUCGAGCGCGCCAGGCGGGAGCUGCACCUCAGCCUCUCAGCCACUUACUGCGGAGCUCACUCAGUACCCAAAGGGAAAACUGCAGUGGAAGCUGCUGAUGACAUCAUCAGUCACCACCUGCCAAGGCUGAAGGAACUCAGCAGAAAUGGGGACCUGCAUGUUGACAACAUAGAUGUGUUCUGUGAGAAGGGUGUCUUUGAUCUGGAUACCACCAGAAGGAUUCUGGAAGGUGGAAAAAAGAUGGGCUUACAGAUCAACUUCCAUGGGGAUGAACUCCACCCGAUGAAGGCUGCCGAGCUUGGGGCCGAACUGGGAGCACAGGCUAUCAGCCACCUGGAGGAAGUCAGCGACGAAGGCAUUGCUGCCAUGGCUGCGGCUCGGUGUUCUGCUGUCCUCCUGCCCACCACAGCCUACAUGCUGAGGCUGAAGCAGCCUCGAGCCAGGAAGAUGUUAGACGAGGGUGUCAUAGUUGCUCUGGGCAGCGAUUUCAACCCCAACGCGUACUGCUUUUCCAUGCCGAUGGUCAUGCACCUGGCCUGUGUGAACAUGAGAAUGUCCAUGCCGGAGGCCUUGGCCGCUGCCACCAUCAACGCGGCUUAUGCGCUGGGAAAAUCUCACACCCACGGAUCUUUGGAAGUUGGCAAGCAGGGGGACGCCAUCAUCAUCAAUGCAUCCAGAUGGGAACAUUUGAUUUACCAGUUUGGAGGCCAUCAUGAAUUAAUUGAUUAUGUUAUAACUAAAGGAAAAGUCAUCUACAAGAAGUGAUAUCUUUGAACCAAUAAGAUGCCUCAGUGCGAUAAGUCUCUUGUCACCAAACCCUGAGUUCGAUCCUGGAGCUCAUGAGGGUGGGAGGAGAGAAUGUCUAAGAGUUACCCUCUGACCUCCACGUACUCACCUGCUAUGUACCAGACCCCUCCUCACCUCCACAUAAAUCAAUGUAAUAAGAUAAAAAAUAUUUUUUAAAAAAUGACAGCUCUUCAAGGAAAGAUUUGAUGCUUUGUAUCAAAUAACGCCAUGUAAGUUAAAGCCCUUCCGUGGCUUACAGAACGGUGUCACUUAAGCCUAACCAGAUGUCAGGGUUUUACUAUUCACCGGAAACCCCAAGGGAUGGACCUGUUUGAAGUGAACAUGUAUGGCUAUCUGGAAGUGUAAAUAGGUAAACCUGGGAUGAAAUGUAGAGUUGUUUUUCAAAGACUGGCUGCAGACAUUCUGAGAUGAAUAUGCUAUGAAUGUGAAUUGAAUAUAUGAGAUGAAUUUCAGAUAGCUCAGAAAUUCCCUUGUGGGAGAAACAACCUUGGCUUGAGAGAUCUGUUUUGUUUCUGCAAAUGUUAUGCCCCAGUGAGACCAAGGGUACCAUUUCCUAAGAAGCAGGCAGAGUCUUUGCUCCCCACGGUUUGUCUGGGGACAAACGUGGGGGGCAGAGAUGGCCUCCCAUUUUUAACAUCGUAUCAGCCCUUGUAAUAAAGCUUUACCACAGAGUUCAAGACCUGAUAUCUUGCACAGAUAUGGAAACUCUCCUCCACAGACACGCUUUAGUCAAUGACAAUGAGGUUGUGUUAAAACAGAAAUCUUUACGUUAAUUUUUUUUUCGUAUCACAAAGUCAUGGGUUUUAUAGUUCUCCAUAAAUAUUUGCUGUUAUUACCAUUGUUGCCUGACAACCCCGGACAUGGAUCAGUUGUUUUGUCUAGGGAGUUUUUGGAAAUGUUCAAAGAACGGAUCACAAAAUUAUCUGCAGAGUGAAUGACUAUUUAGGCAAACUUGUAUUUCUAAAGCCACACCCCCUUGAAAACUUGUAAACUAUUUCAGUGAAAUUUGCAAUGCUAAUACAAAUUAGUGACGCC